AUGAAAAACGACGUCGGCGUCGAAAAGCCGCUGGUCAAUCCGGCAUCGCCAUCGCCAAUCCCGCUCCCGGGCAAAGACAUGCCCUCGUCCGGGCUGCAACAGCGAUGGAACACGAAGAACAUAGGCUUAAGACUAGGCGCCGACUUAACAAGCGCCGCAUGUGCUGCGUCGAUGGUCGCGCCUCUCAUAUCCAUUAUUGACAGGAACGUUGCUAGUUUCCCAUCCAUAAUGGAAAACGCAUCCGGGCGGAACACCCUCGCCAACAGCCUCCGGGCCUCUUUCCAGAUGCUUCUUCUUCGCCCUCAUACCAUGCUUUUCUCCAAGCCCGUCGCUUUGAUAUUCAUGCUAUACGGAGGCACGUACUGGACUGCGAACACGCUGGAUACCGCAACUUCGACAGCGCUGAACAAACCCGCUACGCACGUCACGACCGGGACGGCCAAGUUCGCCGCGUCGAGCGCUGCCAAUGUCGGGCUCUGCGUUUACAAAGACCAGGUUUUCGUCAAGAUGUUCGGGCCGGGUGGACCGCCGCGCCCUGUGCCUAUGCCGAGCUACGUGCUAUUCACGCUGCGCGACUGUCUCACAAUCUUCGCCUCCUUCAACGUACCGCCACUUCUCGGGCCUAUACUUAACGAGCGCAUGGGCACUGAACUGCAGAAGAAAGUCAGCGGAACCACCAUCGCCCAAUUCGCCGCUCCCGCCGCUGUCCAGCUGUUCUCGACGCCUGUGCAUCUACUCGGCCUCGACAUGUACAACCGGCCAGGGAUGGGGGGCCUCGUGUCCUGGCGCGACCGAUGGAUGCAAGUCCGGAAGAACUGGGCGAUAAGUGCUGUGGCGAGGAUAUGCAGGAUCGUCCCCGCAUUCGGGCUAGGAGGGACGGUGAACACAAAGGUACGAAGAAAUCUCAUGGAGAAGCUCGCUUGA